AUGGUCCUAGUCCACGUAGGCUAUCUCGUUCUUCCAGUAUUUGGCUCUGUGCGAAACAGAGGUGCCCCUUUUCAAAGGUCUCAGCAUCCUCACGCUACCUCCUGCCGCCACUUCCACUUGGGUCCCCCCCAGCCACAGCAGCUCACUACGGACUUCCCCAUCGCGCAUCCUGUGCAGUCCCAGCCGGGCCUCAGUCCCCACAUGGCCCCGGCCCACCAGCACAGCGGCACCCUCCACCAGCCCCUGACCCCGCUGCCCACCCUCCCGUUCCAGGACGUCACAGGUCCCUCCUUCCUACCUCAGGCCCUGCACCAGCAAUACCUCCUCCAGCAGCAGCUCCUUGAGGCCCAACAUCGAAGGCUGGUCUCACACCCUAGGCGGACUCAGGAACGUGUGUCCGUUCACCCUCACCGGCUGCAUCCAGGCUUUGACUUCAGCCAUCAACUACAGACGCCUCAGCCCAGGUAUUUGGCUGAGGGCACCGACUGGUGAAGAAGACCCCAAGAAGGCAAAGGCAAGAAGGAAGAUGGGGAAGAAUCAGACACGGAUGAGAAAUGCACGAUUUGUCUGUCUAUGCUUGAAGAUGGAGAAGAUGUGAGGCGUUUACCGUGUAUGCAUCUCUUCCACCAGCUGUGUGUCGACCAAUGGCUCGCCAUGAGCAAGAAAUGCCCCAUCUGCCGAGUGGACAUUGAAACACAACUGGGUGCCGACAGCUGAGGUGACAGUCCGCCUGGCAGAUGCCCCACUUUCCUUCACCAGGUCCCCCGACGGCCAUAGCCCUUGCAGCCAAACUUUGCCUUCUGAGCCAUUUGAUUUAAAGGAAAAGCCUGCAAGCACAUUUUGCGGAAAGAGGAAUCGGUGGUAUCAGCGUCAAAGGGAUAGGAAGG